AUGAACUCCGUAGAGAGUGCUGAUAAGAACUAUGUGAUUGUGUCUGACGGCUCUGAAAAGUUGUCUCCAGUACCACCGUUACAGAGGAGGUUAUUGACACCAUUUCUUUCGAAAGAGGUGCCUCCAAUACCCGUGGACGAGGAGAGGGUGAAGUACCCAUACUUGAUGACCAACCCCUUCUCGACGGUCUUCUUCACUUGGCUGAACCCUCUGCUGAAAGUUGGCUAUAAGAGAACGCUCAGCCCUAAUGACUUGUUCAAAAUUGCAGAUAAGGACGCCCUUGAUUAUACGUAUUCAACGUUUGAAAGACACCUUGACGAGAUCAUUCAAAAAGAUAGAGAUGCCUUGAAACUAAGGGACCCUUCAAUAACUGAAGAAGAGCUUGAGGCGAGAGAAUAUCCAAAGAACGCCAUACUGAAGGCACUAUUGAAGACAUUCAAGUGGGAAUACUCGUUCGCUGUCUUCUUCAAGCUACUGUCCGAUACAGCACAGGUUCUCACGCCGUUGCUAUCGAGGGCACUCAUCACAUAUGUCCAAGACAAAACUGUCGAUCCUGGUCUGCCUGUGAACAACGGUGUGGGCUACGCCAUUGGGGUUACAUUCAUGCUGGCUGUCACUACGCUGUGUACAAAUCACUUCCUAUAUCUAUCUCUGACGGUUGGUCUCCACGCUAAGUCCAUCCUGACAACUGCUGUGUUGAAGAAAAGCUUCAAGGCCAGCUCAGUGACAAGACACACGUUCACCAAUGGAAGGGUGACAUCGUUGAUUUCUGCAGAUCUGGCGAGAGUUGACCUGGCCUUUGGGUUUCAACCAUACGUUAUAACAGCACCGGUGCCUAUCAUUGUGACAAUUGCACUGUUAAUCAUCAAUAUAGGUGUUUCGUCUCUGGCAGGUAUUGCAAUGUUCCUAGUGGCCCUGUUUGUCAUUGGUGCGUGUUCAGGUGCUCUUAUGGCCUUGAGGAAGAAGGUUAACAAGUUCACUGACUCGAGAAUAUCGUAUAUGCGUGAAAUUCUGCAGAACAUGAAGAUAAUCAAGCUCUACUCUUGGGAGGAUGCGUAUGAGAAGACCGUUACAGAUGAGAGAAACAAUGAAAUUGGUGUCAUGCUCAAGAUGGUGUCGGUGAGAAACUUCUUGAUGGCGUUUGCAAUAUCUUUACCCUCUGUGGUGUCAAUGGUGGCAUUUCUUGUGCUCUAUGGUGUAUCUCAAGAUCAAAAUCCAGCGAAUAUAUUCACGUCACUCUAUCUCUUUAGUCUCUUGGCUGGCCAGAUCAUGAUGGUGCCAAUGGCUCUAUCAACAGCAACAGAUGCGAAGAUUGGUCUUGAAAGACUGAGGUUGUAUCUGCAAUCUGGUGAAGUUCAGUCAAAUGAUGAUGACAAAGGUGAAGAUGGAACUAAUAGUCUUCCGGAAGAUGUUGCAAUUCAGGUCACCAAUGCCUCCUUCAUCUGGGAGAAGUUUGAAGAUGAAGAUAAUGAAGCAGAGGAAACACCAGAAACGACUUCAUCUAUAGAGAGACUGGAUGAAUUGUCAAAGCAUGAUUUUGAAGGUUUUUCCAAUAUCAACUUCUCCAUCAAGAAGAGUGAAGUAGUUCUUAUAACUGGGCCUAUAGGCUCUGGUAAAUCGUCGCUUCUACUGGCACUCGCAGGCCAAAUGACCAAGACAUCAGGGUCACUGAAGACUGCCGGUUCCCUCCUUUCAGCAGGUCAGCCAUGGAUUCAAAAUGCGACCGUGAAGGAGAAUAUACUCUUCGGAGAACCCUUCAACCAAGACAGAUAUCAACAAGUUGUCAGAGUCUGUGCUUUGGAGGACGAUUUGCAAUCGUUUACAGCUGGUGAUGCUACUGAAGUUGGAGAGCGUGGCAUCACGCUCUCUGGAGGUCAAAAGGCAAGAAUCAACUUGGCAAGAGCUGUAUAUGCGAACAAGGAUAUCAUUCUUUUGGAUGAUGUGUUAAGUGCUGUUGAUUCACGUGUUGGUAAAAUCAUUGUUGAUGAAUGCUUCAAGAAGUUCCUUCGUAAGAAGACUAUCGUUCUUGCUACACAUCAGCUCAGUCUUGUCCAUUUCGCAGAUCGUGCAAUCUUUCUUAACGGUGAUGGAUCAAUCAACAUUGGAACUGUUGAAGAAUUGUCGAAGACUAGCAGUGGUUUUCUUAAGUUGAUGGAAUACUCAUCGAGACCAGAUUCUGAUACGUCAAAUGACGGUCAGAAUGAAAAGCUGGAGGGAAUUCUCAGUGGAAAGAGUGUUCACCACAAUCCUCAGGAGAGUACUUUGAUUGAAGAUGAGGAAAGAGCUGUGAAUGCAAUUGAAUGGUCGGUUUAUAAGGCUUAUUUACAUGAAGGCCAAGGUAAAUUUGGUGUCUUUGCAAUUCCACUGAUCGCCAUGUUCAUGACUUUUGAUGUAUUUCUCACCAUCUUUGUCAAUGUCUGGCUCACGUAUUGGAUCAACGAUAGCUUCCCUGGCCGUUCAGAUGGCUUCUACAUUGGUUUCUACGUCAUGUUUGUUGUUUUGAGUAUCGUUGCAAUAUCUUCAGAGUUCAUAAUGAUGGGUUACUUCUUCUCAACAGCAUCAAGAAGGCUGUACUUGAAGGUUUUGAAGCGUGUUCUCCAUACGCCAAUGCACUAUCUGGAUGUGACUCCAAUGGGCUGUGUUUUAAACAGGUUCACCAAGGACACUGACUCUCUCGACAACGAAAUUGGACAAGAGUUAACUAUGCUGGUGUACCCAGGUGCUAUCUUGACUGGUACUGUUAUCCUCUGUGUCGUCUAUCUACCAUGGUUUGCCAUUGCACUUCCACCGUUAUUGGUCGUCACCACGGCCACUACAAACUUCUACGUCGCAUCAUCCCGUGAAGUGAAGCGUAUAGAAGCCCUACAGAGGUCCCAUGUGUUUAACAACCUCCAUGAGAUACUGAAUGGCCUGCAAACUUUGAAGGCAUACAACGCACUUGAGAGGUUUAUGGAUAAGAACAAACAUCUCAUAGAUCGUAUGAAUGAAGCGUACAUCCUGGUGAUAGCCAAUCAGAGGUGGAUCUCUAUUCAUUUGGAGCUUGUAUCGUGCCUGUUGGUUCUGGUUGUGGCCUUGUUGUCUGUUUUCAGGGUGUUCAACAUCAACGCUGCUUCUGUGGGUUUGAUCAUCAACUACGUUAUGCAAGUGGCCACGUUCAUGUCACUUGUUAUGAGGUCGUAUACCUCUGUUGAGAACGAAAUGAACUCAGUCGAGAGACUGUGCUUUUAUGCUCACGAUCUUGAGCAAGAGCCUCCAUACAGGAUCAACGAGACCAGGCCAAGGCCUUCAUGGCCAGAACAUGGUGCAAUUGAGUUCCAGAACGUUUCCAUGAGGUACCGAUAUGGCUCACCACUGGUGUUGAGGAACUUGUCUAUCUCUGUCAAAGGUGGUGAGAAGAUUGGAAUCUGUGGGAGAACUGGUGCAGGCAAGUCCUCCAUCAUGAAUGUGUUAUUCCGUCUUAGUGAGCCUGCUGAGGGUACUGUGCUCAUUGAUGGUGUCGAUACUUCGAAACUUGGGCUCUAUGACUUGAGAUCGAAGCUGUCCAUCAUUCCACAAGAUCCAGUGCUAUUUAGAGGCACCAUCAGAAAGAACCUGGAUCCCUUCGAGCAGAGCGAGGAUUCUGCUCUAUGGGAAGCUCUGAGAAAAGCUGGUCUCAUCGACACUGACGUCUUGAGAAAGGCCAUAUCACAGCAUCCUGAUGACCCAAACCGUCACAAGUUCCACCUGGACCAGCUUGUAGAGGAUGAUGGCUCCAAUUUCUCCAAUGGUGAGCGUCAAUUGAUUGCACUGGCUCGUGCACUGGUUCGUGACUCCAAGAUCCUAGUGCUGGAUGAGGCCACGUCCAGUGUCGACUACGAAACAGACGCAAAGAUCCAAAACACCAUUGCUGAAGAGUUCAGCGAAUGUACUAUCCUGUGCAUUGCACACAGGCUGAACACUAUCUUGAAUUAUGAUCGUAUUCUUGUGUUGGAACAGGGCAAAGUGGAGCAGUUUGACACACCUUGGGCACUGUUCAAUCAAGAUGGCAUCUUCAGACAAAUGUGCGAACGUUCUGGUAUAAAGUCAAGUGAAAGGUUGUCUCAAAAUUGGUCACUACGUCUAGAUGGUGCUUAA